AAAUUAAGAAAUUGUACGCUCUUUAUAUUGAACAAACAUUCUUCUUUUCAAUUCUCAACAAUAAAAUUUUUACAAUGGAUAUCCAGGGUUUAUUAUUAUCUGAUGACCCACAAAGCGAAGAAGAUUAUGACUAUACUGAUUUAGAUGAUCUACAAAAUAACAACAAUGUUAAUAUUGAAG